AACACAGUAUUUGAUGCCAAGCGAUUGAUUGGCCGCAAGUUUGCUGAUCCAAUCGUCCAGGCUGACAUCAAGCUGUGGCCCUUCAAAUGUGUUGCAGGUCAGGGCGACAAGCCCAUGAUUGCUGUCAAUGCUCAGGGUGAGGAGAAGAAAUUCCAUCCUGAAGAGAUCUCCUCGAUGGUUUUGCUCAAGAUGAAGGAGACGGCAGAGGCUUACCUGGGCACCAAGAUCAAUGAUGCAGUGGUGACCGUGCCCGCAUACUUCAACGACUCUCAGCGUCAGGCAACAAAAGAUGCAGGCACCAUUUCAGGAAUGAAUGUUCUGCGUAUCAUCAACGAGCCUACUGCUGCAGCCAUUGCCUAUGGCCUUGACAAGAAGGGCACAGGUGAGCGCAAUGUUCUCAUUUAUGACAUGGGUGGCGGAACUUUCGACGUGUCCCUUCUCACAAUUGAGGAUGGAAUUUUCGAGGUUAAGGCCACUGCUGGAGACACCCACCUUGGCGGCGAGGACUUCGACAACCGAGUCGUGGAUUUUUGUAUCCAGGACUUCAAGAGGAAGAAUCGCAACAAGGACAUGACUGGCAACCAGCGUGCCAUCAGGCGCUUGCGAACACAGUGUGAGCGUGCCAAGCGCACCCUGUCCUCUUCUACUCAGGCAACUAUUGAAAUUGAUUCCUUGUUCGAGGGAAUUGACUACUCCUGCAGUUUGUCUCGGGCACGCUUCGAGGAGCUUUGCAUGGACUAUUUCCGCAACUCCGUGGGCCCAGUGGAGAAGUGCCUGAAGGAUUCUGGAAUCGACAAGAAGAGUGUACAUGAUGUGGUGCUCGUGGGCGGCUCCACUCGUAUCCCAAAGGUGCAGUCUAUGAUCCAGGAAUUCUUCAAUGGCAAGGAGCCAAACAAGUCCAUCAACCCAGACGAGGCGGUAGCGUACGGUGCUGCUGUGCAGGCUGCAAUUCUCACUGGCGAGGGAUCCUCCGCAGUCCAGGAUCUUUUGCUCUUGGACGUGACUCCAUUGUCCAUGGGCUUGGAGACUGCAGGUGGUGUGAUGACAAAGCUCAUUGAGAGAAAUACCACAAUCCCAACCAAGAAAGCGCAGACUUUCACGACGUACGCGGACAAUCAGCCAGGCGUUUUGAUUCAGGUCUUUGAGGGUGAGCGAGCCAUGACCAAGGACAACAACUUGCUAGGCAAGUUCCAUUUGGAUGGAAUUCCUCCGGCUCCUCGUGGUGUGCCCCAGAUUGAGGUCACCUAUGACAUUGAUGCAAAUGGCAUCUUGAAUGUCAGCGCCUCCGACAAGUCAACUGGCAAGUCCAAUCAGAUCACAAUUACAAACGAGAAAGGGCGACUGUCGCAAUCCGAAAUUGACCGCAUGGUUCAGGAGGCUGAGAAGUUCCGUGCCGAGGACGAGCAGAACAAGUUGAAGAUCGAGGCCAAGAAUGGCCUGGAGAACUACUGCUUCACCAUGCGCAACACGCUCAAUGAGGAAAAGCUCAAGGACAAGUUCGAGGGCGGCGACAAGGAAAAAAUUGAAGCGGCAGUGCAGGAAACUUUGGACUGGCUGGACAAGAACCAGCUUGCGGAGAAGGAUGAAUUUGAGGCCAAGCAAAAGGAGCUUGAGGGCGUUGUGAACCCCAUCAUGAUGAAGGUCUACCAGGCUGCCGGAGGCGCUCCAGAAGGUGGCAUGCCAGGUGGUGGCAUGGGUGGCGCUCCAGCUGGUGGCAGUGGCCCCACGGUUGAGGAGGUGGACUAAGUGACUAAGUGCACGUUAUCAGCUUCUACAAUUGUAGUGCAGCUUGAGUUCGGGACCAGAUGUGAUGGGUCCAUUCCAAUUCGUCAGCGAGUCUCCAGUACAGGCAUUGGGGAUUUGACCACAAACCAGAUUUUGC